CCCUCGCUGUGGAUCUUCUUUGCCCCCCGGUUGAAGUACAUCGUGCCUGUGGAGGAGGAGGUGAUGGUGACAGUGGAAGGAGCAACGGGGACAUGCUCGCUUACGGCUCGCCCACAGCGGAGUCGAGGCGAAGGCGAGUCGAAGCUCCCAGCCGCGGCCGCUGGUACCGCUGACGACCGAGGACCAUGUUCGCUCUGACCGCUUCACUGGUCCAGGAACUAGGAGAAGAAACAAGGGCUCCGGCUGUCUCUUACGACAUUUUACGACAGUGCCGGGCGUGAAUACGACGUCGUUACCGAGUAAAGUGCGUCUCUUUGGAGCAGAUACCGGCUGAGGGGGACGCAGCAUCAAAAGACAAGGAAUAUACUUCUAUGCCCGCUUUCCCACCCGGACAAUCCGAGCACAGCACGUUCUUGCCCGCAAAACGAAUUAGCCCGGAUAGCUCGAUGUGGACGCUGGGCUGAGUGAAGAAAGGGCCACGCCGGGAAGGCAACUCGCUGAUUAACCGAAGCUGAGCUCGUCGGGAGUAGCCUAGUUGCCUCCUAAAGCGACGCUUACCAAAAAAAAAAAAAAGAAAAAAGGGGGGGAAACGAAGAAGAAAGGGGACGACGCGUUUGAGGCCCAAAGCAGCGGUGGGAAAAAUGGACUAUGAUUUCAAAGUGAAGCUGACCGGAGAGCGAGAGCGUGUCGAGGACCUGUUUGAGUACGAAGGAUGCAAAGUGGGCAGAGGCACAUACGGUCAUGUUUUCAAGGCGAAGAGAAAAGAUGGGAAGGACGACAAGGACUACGCCCUCAAGCAGAUUGAAGGCACCGGCAUCUCCAUGUCAGCCUGCAGAGAGAUUGCACUGCUGCGAGAACUCAAGCACCCCAACGUCAUCUCGCUGCAGAAGGUUUUCCUGUCACACGCCGACCGGAAAGUGUGGCUGCUCUUCGACUACGCAGAGCACGACCUCUGGCACAUCAUUAAGUUCCACAGAGCGUCCAAGGCCAACAAGAAACCACUUCAGCUUCCCAGAGGGAUGGUCAAGUCUCUGCUCUACCAGAUCCUGGACGGCAUCCAUUACCUCCACGCAAACUGGGUCCUCCACAGAGACCUUAAACCAGCAAACAUUUUAGUGAUGGGGGAAGGGCCAGAGAGGGGUAGAGUAAAGAUAGCUGACAUGGGUUUCGCACGUCUCUUCAAUUCACCACUGAAGCCUUUAGCCGAUCUCGACCCGGUGGUCGUCACAUUCUGGUACAGAGCACCCGAACUGUUGCUGGGGGCCCGACAUUACACCAAAGCAAUCGACAUUUGGGCGAUAGGCUGCAUCUUCGCCGAGCUGCUGACAUCCGAGCCCAUAUUCCACUGUCGGCAGGAGGACAUCAAGACCAGUAACCCUUAUCAUCACGAUCAGCUGGACCGCAUUUUCAAUGUCAUGGGCUUCCCCGCUGAUAAAGACUGGGAGGACAUCAAAAAGAUGCCCGAACACUCCACGUUGAUGAAAGACUUUAGGAGGAACACGUACACAAACUGCAGCCUUAUAAAGUACAUGGAGAAACACAAAGUCAAGCCAGACAGCAAAGCGUUCCAUUUGUUGCAGAAGCUACUGACCAUGGACCCCAUCCGGAGAAUCACGUCGGAGCAGGCCAUGCAAGACGCGUACUUUUUAGAAGAGCCGCUGCCCACGUCCGAUGUGUUUGCAGGCUGUCAAAUUCCUUACCCUAAGAGGGAAUUUCUGACAGAGGAAGAGCCGGAUGACAAGGCAGACAAAAAGAACCAGCAGCAGCAACAGGGAAACAACCACACAAAUGGGGCGGGGCACACCGGCAAUCCCGACAACAGCCACGCCCAGGGCCCGCCUCUGAAGAAAGUGCGCGUGGUCCCGCCCACUACUACCUCAGGCGGCCUCAUCAUGACCUCAGACUACCAGCGCUCCAAUCCACAUGCUGCCUACCAGAACCCUGGACCAAGCACAUCACUGCCCCAAAGCAGCAUGGGGUACUCCUCUACCUCCCAACAGCCUCCGCAGUACUCCCACCAGACCCACCGCUACUGACCGCAUACGUACGCACGUUGCCACACAAACGCCCCCCCCCCCGACCCCGUCACCCUCAUUACGCCUGCCUAAAAGAAUGUACUGAGGGACAUGGGGCACCCUCUUUGCUGCAGUCCCCCUCUUCUUGUGAAGAUUUACAAACAAACAGCAUAGAGCAAGUGUUAGCCACACUGCUACAUAGCAGAAAUCCAACGAGUGAUAAAAGCAGGGACGGGUGACGAGUCCACGCCCACGUCACGUGUCCCUCCGCCUACGUGCCCACCCCAGCCAGUAGCCCCGUCACUGUCAAAGCUCGGGACGAGACUGAAAAGCUGCUAUUUGACUGCCAGCGUCGACAGAUUCCACGUCCGUCUGUCCUCCUGUUUUGUCUCGUCUGUCUCGUCUCUUUCCUCGUGUGGCCGCCCUCCCCAGCCGAGGACUCAACUGAGGUGCUGGGAGGAUGGCGCUAGCCCACGCAACUGUGGUGGAUUUUUUUUUUUUUUUUUUUUUUUUUUUUUUUUUUUUUGCUGUUGUUCCGAAACGACUGAGAAAAAGAUUUUAGUAAUUUUUAAUUUAAUCCGUUUUUAAGCAGCUUGACCAGCCCCAUACGUACAUACAGGGGACAUGAAAAGUUGACCCACCCCUGUUCAAAUGCCAGUUUUUUUUUGUAGGGUAGUAAAAUGAGACCACGAUAAAUCAUUUCAAAAAAAAAAAAAUCACAACACUGAAGGUAUGUUGUUCUGUGAUAAGUAGUGUUGUGUUUACGCCAAACCCACCUUGUGGAAUUAAUAGGCUAAGACGACAAGGAAAUUGUUGUCACGUGUACUGAACAGCCAUUACUUGCUAAAAAUUCAUGCGGCUCCUUCAUCGUCAGCCUUCUUCCCGGCCUCCCAACUUAGCACUUUUGUACACAUUGUCACUUCUGUAAGGACGUCCCCUUCUUGGGAAUGUCGCUGUUGUGCCAAAUUGUUUCCACUUGAUGAUGAUUGUCUCCCCUGAUGUGUUUGAGGGUGCGACUAUAAAAAUGUCAGGAAAAGCCAACUAGAACAGCUUAACGUUAUUUGGGGUGAACAGAAGAAUUUCAGAUGGUGGCAGGUGUCUUAACUUCCAUUCAACAUCAAUUCGAACCUAUUUGUAAGAUGGAGUGCAACCACACUGUCUCAAUUGUUUAUUUGUACCUCACCUCUCAAAAAUAUAUUUUUUUUCCUCUUGGUUUGUACAGCUCCUAGUCACAUUAAUGGUGGAAAAAAGUUGAGAAAUUGUUUAUCUUGGUCUCAUUUUAUUUAUGUUACAAAAACCUGGCAUCUGACCCAGCGCUGUGUACACUUUUUAUAUCGACCUUGCCGUAGGCUGUGGGCCCUUUCAAAUCCAACCAAUUGCAUGGAGGAAGGCAGAUGGAAAUGAAUUGUACUGUAUGGUAUUGAGACAUUUUACAUGAAGCAAGUUAACCUGACAAUAAAAUUGGAAGCAGUCCUAUUUUUGG